UCAAAUGUUAGACUUUAAUAAUGUACUAUACUGCGUGUACACGAAUUGUUUAGGGGGGAUCGUAACGUGAUUUGGUUUUCUGCACAUUACUGGCACUAGAAUAGCGCAAUUUGUUUUACGUUUUAGUUUUACGCCACACCGCAAAUUGUGUGUUGUGUGCUGUCGGGUAAUGCCAUCCUCACCUUCAUUGCAUUACCGAAAAGGGCAGGGGCUUACGCGAUUAUCCCGGUCCUUUUAUUAGAUCAGCAGCAAAAGCAGAGUAAUCUAGUGUGUGUGCAUGCAGCAAAAUGGGCUUGGCGAGGGCUGCAUCGGGGGGAGAGUACUUGCUUGCAGAGCGAUCGCGGCGCCUUCGCGCUCCUCCGAAGGACGGCUGCUCCCGCAGGAGAGGCAGGCGGUCACCGAGCCCGGAGUAUCUGCGGCGGCUGAGCCUGAAGAGCCGUGCGACGCCAUGCCAACUGCUGACUGUGCAGCCGGCGGCACCGGGGAGCUGUGUGCCCCCAUGAAGGACGUGAAGCUGGGGAUGCAGCGCUCCUUCUUUAACGCGUCCCGGGAGUUUCCAGAAGUUAUCUCCCUUAAUGUGGGGGGCAAAUACUUCACCACACGACUUUCCACCCUGCGGCGCUUUGAAGAUGGCGUGCUAGCAGCCAUGUUCAGUGGGCAACACCAUCUUCUCCUGGAUGCUGAGGGACGCUACUUCAUCGACCGGGAUGGGACGUAUUUUGGGGACAUCCUGAACUUCCUGCGGUCCGGAGAGCUUCCUCAGAGGGAGCGGGUGCUGGCGGUGUACAGCGAAGCCCAGUACUAUGGAAUUGGACCCUUGCUGGAGAAUCUGGAGGCCACCCAGCCCCUCACAGGGGAGAAAGUGAGGCAGGCAUUUCUCGGGCUUCUGCCUUACUACAAAGAGAAUCUGAAGCGUAUUAUGGAGAUCGCCAAGCUGAGGGCUGUGCACAGGAAGGCCCGCUUCGCCAAGCUCAAGAUCUGUGUGUACAAGGAGGAGAUGCCCAUCACACCAUAUGAGCGCCCACCCUUCAGCACGCUGCCCCUGGAGCGCCCCGAGAGCGAGGCCAAGCUGUUCAAGCACCAGUGCGAGGUGGACGUGUCCUUUGGGCCCUGGGAGGGCGUGGCCGACGUCUAUGACCUGCUGCACUGCAUUGUGGGAGACCUGGCGGAGCGUGGCGUGGCAGCCGAGCAGCAGUGUAUUGGCGUGUGCGAUAAGCACCUCAUUAGCCACUACUACUGCAAGAGGCCCAUCUAUGAGUUCAAGAUCACAUGGUGGUGAGAGGGCGGGGCUACACCGCUUCCCACCUCUCUGUCACACCCCUGCACUGAGCCCUGUCAGGACAAGCGGAGGUACUUCUUCAUCCCUUUCAACAAACUUUAAAACAGGAAAUCUGUGUUUUACAGCUGGAGUCUCUGUGAGCUGCACUGCAUCAUGGGUAAAACACCCUGCAGAAGCAAUAUUCUGAGAAUUUUGUCAAGCUCAGACUGUUAGCUUAAGUAACUUAUGAUCAUAACUGUGCUAAAAUACAUCUGUCCACAUUGAAGAAUCUCCUGUCCUGUUCUGUCUAUGGUCACAUCCCCUCCCACAAGAUGCGAAGCUUCCAGUUCUGCACACGUAUAACUAGAUGGAGUAAAUGGAAGGGAAAUGGGACCACAAACGGAAACCAAGAUGGCUGCCCGGGAGGACUGUGUGAACUUGGAUUGAGUCUCUCUGAGGGAGUCUAUUAUGUCUUUAAGCAUAUUAGCUACGUGCUAAUUUUGUGUUUACUGUGCUACUAAAGAACUGUUAAAUAACAAGCUUAAUGUUUGUGGACCAUUCCAAUAUUGGGCUUACAGAAUAAUAGCGUAUUUAUUCAAAUUAAGAAUAUUUAUUUAGAAUUUAUUUAGAUUAACGCUGGAGACCCUGAAACUUUUGGGGAAAGUGCUACUUUUGUGUGUACUGUGGUACUCGUGUUUUCCAAUUUACAACUUUUGAAAUGUAACAACCAUUAAAUGAUCAUUUAAGAAAACGUCA